UAGCGAGGUGCAGAAGAAUUUUGAUUUCUUGAAUGAUAACUUCAGUAGCGAGAUAGCAGAAGAAUUUUAUGAUUUCUUGAAUGAUAACUUCAGUAGCGAAGUUCUUUUGAUAGCGGAAGAAUUUUAUGAUUUCUUGAAUGAUAACUUCAGCGAGGAGCAGAAGUUUGAUUUCUUGAAUGAUAACUUCAGUAGCGAGGUGCAGAAGAAGCUUGAUUUCUUGAAUGAUAACUUCAGUAGCGAGAUAGCAGAAUAA